GGUGUGACUCUUGGGUAGAGAGAAAGCAGGAUGGAUGUCAGACUAGAGAUGGAAGAGCCUGUCACACAGACGUUCUGACAAGUGUGUCUUUGUAUGUUCAGGAGUAAAUACAUUUUAAGGAGUAUACAUGAUAUUGUGACUCAUGGCGUGCCGAUGUUGCCCGUGUUGUGAUUCUUCCAAAGAGAAUGCAAUUCCAAUUGAGCCAGUGAAAGCUGAAGUCAAACUUGCCCCUGCGGAGAAACUAUGGAGCAGUAUGAGAGACCAGGCUGUCAAGCUGAGAAUUUCCGAGUCAGGCCCUGGCUCUGAGACCCCUUUGACCAUCUGUCAGAUGUUCCAGGAGACAGUGAUGAAUUAUGGAGACUUACCGGCAUUGGCAAGCAAAAAGGAUGGCAUCUGGGUGACACUGACAUACAAGGAAUAUUUCCAGCAGUGCAGAGCAGCAGCUAAGAGCUUCCUUAAGCUCGGACUAGAACGUUACCAUGGCAUUGGUAUUCUAGGCUUUAAUUCCCCAGAGUGGUUCAUUGCAGACAUAGGGUGCAUUAUGGCAGGGGGCCUAGCAACAGGUAUUUAUGCAACCAACUCCUCAGAGGCAUGUCAGUAUGUGGCAAAUAACUGUGAAGCUAAUAUUCUGGUGGUGGAGAAUCACAAACAACUCAUAAAGAUCUUAAAGAUUAAGGAUCAGCUGCCACACUUGAAAGCUAUUGUUCAGUACAAGGAUGAACUGGAACAAAAACUGCCAAAUUUGUACACGUGGGAGGAAUUUCUUAAAGUCGGUGAGGAUGUGUCCUGUGAGGUCUUGGACAGUAUCAUCUUGAGUCAGAAAGCAAAUGAGUGCUGUACUCUUAUCUACACUUCCGGAACCACAGGAAACCCCAAGGGGGUCAUGUUGAGCCAUGACAAUAUAACAUGGAUUUCCAAUGCAGCAGGAACGAUGACUCAGCUAAAGAUGGGGGAAGAGGCAGUAGUAAGCUAUUUACCACUCAGUCAUGUGGCAGCCCAGGUUAAUGAUCUGUGGAUCUGCAUGAAGUUUGCUGGGACAACAUAUUUUGCUGAACCAGAUGCGUUGAAAGGGUCCCUAGUGAAUACAAUGCGGGAAGUGCGCCCAACCAGCUUCUUAGGUGUGCCCCGUGUUUGGGAGAAGAUGCAAGAAAGUAUGAAGGCAACUGGAGCCAAGGUCUCCAUGGUCAGGAAGAAAGUAGCUGCUUGGGCCAAGUCUAUAGGCCUUCAAGCCGGCUACAAUCACAUGAAUGGCAAUCUGACAGUACCCUGGGGUUACACAUUGGCGAAUAACCUGGUUUUCAAGAAGGUGCGUUUAGCUUUGGGUCUGGAUCGCUGCAAGGCCUGCUUUACUGGAGCUGCCCCCAUCACCAAGGACACACUGGAGUACUUCAUGAGCCUCAACAUCCCCCUGUAUGAACUGUAUGGAAUGAGUGAGAGCACUGGACCACACACUAUCUCCUGGCAGGGUGCCUAUCGCAUCAUGAGCUGUGGCAAGGUGGUAACUGGUUGCAGAACUAAGCUGGACAAAAUAGAUGAAGAAGGGAAUGGGGAGAUAUGCUUCUGGGGUCGCCAUGUUUUCAUGGGCUACCUAAAUAUGCCAGAAAAGACAGAGGAAGCACUUGAUCAGGAAGGCUGGCUACACUCUGGAGAUCUGGGGAAACACAUAAAUGACUUCCUGUUUAUUACAGGCAGGAUAAAGGAGCUGAUCAUCACUGCUGGUGGGGAGAACAUACCUCCUGUGCCCAUUGAAGAUGCAGUGAAAGAAGAGGUGUCUAUCAUCAGCAAUGCCAUGCUGGUGGGAGACAAGAGGAAGUUCCUCUCCAUGCUACUCACACUCAAAUGUAAUGUUGAUGAUGCAGGAGAGCCAACACAUGAGCUGACCCCAGCCACAGUGGAUUUUUGCCAGCGACGUGGUGUCACAGCAAUCCGUGUCUCAGACAUCACUGCCAAGAAAGAGCCAGCCAUUUACCAGGCUAUCCAGGAGGGCAUAGAACGUGUCAAUACUAGGGCAACCUCCAAUGCUCAGAAGAUCCAGAAGUGGGCCAUACUAGAGAGGGACUUCUCCAUAUCAGGGGGAGAACUUGGCCCUACUAUGAAGCUGAAGAGGCCUGUUGUUCUCAAAAUGUAUGAAGAUAUAAUCAACAAGUUUUAUGAAGAUUAACACACACGGGCCAGUGGAGAAGAUGUGCUGGAUAAUGAGAAGCUGUUUCUGCACUCCUGUAUUUCUUGCUUUUGUUCACUUCUACAGUUUUGCACAAGACAGUUCAUGAGAUAAUUGGAAAAUCAUUCCAUGUUAUAACUGAUCUCCAUCAGCAAUUAAAUUAUGUGUAUAGGAAGUUUAAUCAUUACCAUUUGACAAUCAAAAGAUCUCCUAGUGUUUUAUGGAGUAGUUCGCUGUGGUUUGCUAUGUUAGAUUCAAAAUCAUAAUCACUUAUUAACUCCAUAUUAAAUGAAUUAAAUAUCUGUAUUUUUUACAUUUGCCAUGCAUCUUGAGGAAAUACCACAAUUUCUGUCUAAUGGCUGCAUGAUGUAGUAGCAUCCAAUAAUUCUUUGACAAAGCUCUGUCUGUAUUGUGAAGUGUAACAAUGACCAAUAAUGAGACAUUUAUGGCAACAUAUAUAUGAUCUGGAUGUACCCAGCCAGUGCUUAUCAGUCUUACCAGAGAA